CAAAGUUGCUAAAGAACAUUUUGAAAAUAUUUUUUUUAUUGUGGUUAUUUUAGGGGUUGACUUUUGAGAGCAAAACUGUUUAACAAAUCAUAUUAUUAUGUCCCUUAAUGUAAUUUGACUCAAUUCUAAAAGUACCCUUACCCUUAUAAAAUAUUAAGUUAUUUUCCGCAUAAGAUCAUCUUUGGAGUAGAGCAGGGAUUCCCAACCAAAUUUUUCCAAGAACCCCCUCACCCAGUCGCUGUAAUGACGAGGACCCCCACUUAAAUUGUGAAGCAUUAUCAUGGUUGAAGAAAAACCUAUGAGACUCCACUAGUGGAAGUGCAGUACACUGAUCUCAAACUUGCCCUCUCUCUCUCUUACAUUGCAUAGAUCAUAAGCUGGAUUGGUUGUUUACACUAAAGACGUGUAGUCCGUCUCUUAUUUUACACUGAUGUGUUUGUGUCACUAUGUUGUCACAUGAAAAAGUAACAUGUUAACAGAAACUGUUUGAUAGAUCACAUGAAAAAAAAAAAAAAAAUCUGAUUCCUUCGAUUUUUUAAAGAAUCUUGGUAAAUAUCAACAUUGAUUGCUAAUUCUGUUUGUCAGCUAUAAAGUGUAGAUCUGUAAAUCCUGACUUGCAUUUGAAACAAAGCUUUUUGAAGUUAGUACAUGAAACUUUGCAUUUUUAUCACCAGGAAUAGUUUCUAUCUCUGCAGAUACAAGUAAUGUUGUAAGGCCUCAUUUAUGUUCUGUAUGUGUGCCACCCAUUGCAGUGAAGAGAAUGACAUUUUGGACUAUCUAUUGAUAUAAUAUAUUACUAUACAGUGUGAUCUAACUCAAGUUAGUUAUUACUGAUAUUGUUAUUUUUGAGGUAACAAUGUUGUCUAAAUUAGAAAAAUAAUUGAACAUCACGUUUCAACAAAAUAAGGAAAUGGCGCUUAUAUUUUUAUAUAUUUGGAAAGAAGAUUAAAUUAUGAGUAACAAUUUUAUGAAUGAACAGUGAACUGAUAGCUGAAAGAGCGUUUUUUUUAUUAUUAGGUGUCUGUUUAUAGGUAUGGAAAAAAAUUAUUGCGGGGUCCGACAUUAUAUGAGUGUGAAGUGAGAUAGCAUACACAACAAACUGAAUCGUAACGUUAUGUCUCUCUCACACUCAUAUAAUCCUUAAUGCGUUUUUUUUUAGCUUUAGACUCAUAAUAAUGUUUUUCCAUACCAGUAAAUUGACAGACUGAUUCUAAUGUUUUUUGUUUGAUUUUAUUUUCCUUUUUUCUAUUAUGCUGAAUUUUCAAUCUUUAUUUACUUUAACUAUUCAUUGGUUUGUAUCUCUUUUCAUCUUUCAAAGUAUGUAAAAUAUACAGGGCGCCUAUAAAAAAAAAAUGUUAUUAAAUUUCUGGAUGACUGUUCAGCUGUUUCUGGCUGAGGAAAGUGACUAAUAACAAAGUUAGCCAUAGUGCCGACUUCAGUUGGAAAUCAGAUUGAUGCAAUGUAUACAAUUUUCCACUAGGUGAGAGACCCUUCGCUUGCGAAGUCUGCAAAAAUGGUUACGUAUCAAAAGCGAGCUUAAAGAUACACAUGCGGACGCACACCAACGAAAGACCUUUCGUUUGCGACUUCUGUGGAAAAGCUUUCCGGCAGUCUGGGGAUUUAACAAGUCACAAGCGUCUACACGGUACUGAAAAACCAAUCGAAUGUUCAGUUUGCCAGAAAAGGUUUACAACAGUGAUGAAACUGAAAUAUCACAUGCGGAAUCACACCGGGGAAAGGCCAUACGUAUGCAGUGUUUGUGGUAGAGGAUUUACCGUCCACGCCCCUUCUCCAAAAUACAACACUCAAGAGACACAAUCAAGAAUGCCAAAAUUUUCAUCUACAAACGAAGUCAAAUUUCAUCCUAACAAUGACCAGACAAACAACAGGUUAAUGCAACCCACUGACAAUCGCAUGAUGCAACCAGAACCGCCUCGCAUGAUGCAACAAGACACAAGUAGAAUGAUAUCAAAUGAUGGAUCAAGAAUUAUAAACGACGCCCAUUUAUUGACUGAUCAUCGUGUACUUUUAAACGAUGCCACCAGACUUCAUUUAGUUAACGUUAGUGAACCGCCAAGACUCCUAGUGAACGAUAACACAAGGCUGUUGACGACUAACGACAAUAGAUUGCUCACUAACGACAAUACGCGCCUGCUGGCGAAUAUGACCGAUAAUAAUAGAUUGCUGACGAAUGAUAACACCCGUUUACUAACAAAUGAUAACGCUCGACAUUUGGCGGUUAUCGAGAGUUCUCGCAUUUUAGCAGAUAAGUAUUUGGCAAAUUAUGAUCCAUAUCAUCGGGGACAUCUUUAGAUUUCAACUGAAUAGGACAAAUGCUCUAAUUAAAACAUCAAUAUUAAUAAUUUUGUUUCAUUUUAAUUAACUGACAUCCAGUUUUAUAUUACGUAAGUAUAGUAGUGUAGUUCUUAUUUUAUUAUUUAUACAAUAUGUGUAUAAAGACUUGCGUCUCUGUUUCACCGUGACUCCCUCUCUGACCUCGGCACUGCGCAACCGCAAGCCCGCUAUAAUUUGAUUUUGCGUUGAACUGUAAGGGCAUUGAGUAAUUAAAUAUGAGUCCUUCACUCAACGGUUAGGGUAAGGGGUAAAAAGCUACGAGCAAAAAAUGUACUCGUAGGGGUAAAUAGUAAACAUAACCUCUGCCAGCCACAGAAGACUUGUGAAUAUUUUUAGUGUGUCUAAGUAGAUUGCACUGUUUAGUAAAUGUCUUUCCACAUAAUGUACAAAUGAAGACAUAUCUGUGAAUUAAAAAUUAAACAUGCAAACAGCUGAGCGGAACUAAUUAUUAGGUACAAUCAACAAUAUUCAUUUUUAGUAUGUGGAACCCUUACCUCUUCUUUAACUUAUUUGCGUUCUCGUUCAUUAUUACUUCGUGUUUGCAUAACACCGUAAAUAAAAGAACGUGUUUUAUUUAUGGCACAACACUACACAAUAAUUUUUUUGCGUAAUCAGCAGGAAACGUGGUAAUAUAAACAAAACAAACCCUUGCACGUUGCGCGUUAGGGCAAAUUCAAGUGCUUGCGUCUGCGCGUUGCUGAGGGAGUCACGGUGAAACAGAGACGCAAGAGUGUAUAAAGUACGUUACCUUUUUUAGUCUCGUGUGCUAAUUUGUGAACACCAAAACCUCUGUUGAGGGCCAGUAUUCUAAAACACGCAUAAUUAUCUAUUCUUCAUUAAGCUAAAGCUAGUGUGAAUUUUAUUAGUGUGAUUUAAUCAAUUAGUUACGGUAGGUUUUUAUUUAAUAUCUCGCUCAUUUAUUUUUUAUUUAUCCCCCCAAUUAAUUUAAUUAAAGAUUCUUGUCAAUUUAAUGAAUUCCAUGCAUAAAAGGUAAGUGAAGUUUAACUUUGCAGUACAGUAGCAGCUUGACGUAAAUUUCAUUUAGUUUACACUUGCACUGGCACUUUAUGUAGCGAUAGAGGAUACAUAAGUUUGUAAUGCAACACAAUAUUUAUUUCACCCAAGUUUGCAAUUAAACGUUGCUUUAAAAAAUACAUGAGAAUAGAAAAUAUUGUACCCAAUUAUUUAAAUGAAUUUUCACAGUAAUGAAGCAAUGUAAACAUAGUGUUCAUUAAAGAGAAUUCUGUGAUAAAGAACACCCAGUGUAACGCAGUAAGUCAAGCUUUAUAAGUGCAGUAGCUGUGAGCAGCUCUUCGAUCAUGUCUUAUGAGCCAAAAGUCACAAUUUACAAAUUUUCCCAGUUUUUAAGUCACUAAAAAUUUUCGAUUCAAUAUUAUAGUAUUUGGUUAUAUACAGGGUCCUACGUCAUACAUGGUCAAAAUUAUUAAAAAAAUAUCUUGUGCAAAUAUCAACUAUAGAUGUUUGCACAUCUACAGAAAUUAUUUUUGAGUGUGGGUGGUGUCCAAUUUUUAGGGUGUCAUAAUAUAAUUUUUUUAAAUAAUAAUAAUAAUGUCAUAUGUCUUUAUUCUCUUCUACUCCUACCAUACAAAUAUUAAAAAGAAAGUUUCAUUUCUAAAACUUAGCAAAUAAAUUUGAUUUUAUGGUUUGCAAAGUUAAAAAAACAAAUCAGGUGUUGAAAAAGAAAAGAUUUAAGUAUCAUUGCAAGUAGAACACCAUGUUUAUUUUUACAAGUUCCAAUGUCAUUUGAUAACCUCUACAUGGAAACUUUUUGUUUUUUUUUUGUCAACGUUGCCAUCUUAUUAAUUUUUUUCCGAAUAAUUCCCCUUAACCCUUACUUUGAUGAUUCGUAGCCACUUUGAUUUUGAAGUUAAGAAAUACAUUUGCUCAAUAAUGUUAAUCUGAGUAAAGGGUAGCACUUUGAUAAUGAGAAAGUUGGAUUUAGUGAUGCAGGGUGUUCUCACGGAAAUGACAAAAUUUCCAAACAUCGAUGUGCUAUAAGUAUUCUUUUUCAAAUGGAACCACUAUUUUAUUUCGCUAUUCAAUUAUCUGUUGUGUUCUCUUCAAUUUUUGUAAGUGUCCUGUGCAGUUUUUAGGUUAUUCUCUAUUUUUCACAAACAUACCUACCCAUUAAUUAAUUUCGGGCGAUCAAAAAUGAGUUGCUGUCGAGUCGCCUUUGGAAGUUCAAGUUAAAUAUGAUUUCCCAUGUAAACAAAAAUUCCAAAGGUGACUCGACAGCAACUCAUUUUUGAUCGCACAGUAUUUAUACAUUGAUGAAUUCCAAAUAUUUGUAAAAUGUGAGAAAUAUUCAACCGUAUCAUAGUAAUACAAAAGCACUCUAUCGAAAAUCUUCAAGGUGUUAACUUAUUCCGCGCAAUAGUUGACUCAUCCUGUACAUGACAAAGGUAUAGUUUAUAAUCUGUUUGAAUUAUCGUAAAACCCUAGUCAGUUUUAUUUAUUGUGCAUUAUCGCAUUAUCACAUUACCAAUACAACUUUUUUUUAAAAUCUUCAAAAAAUAAAGAUUUUUUGUUCCUCUUUAAUUGAAUAUUGGGGAGUUAAUUGUUUUUUUUUAUUUAUCUUCAUUACAAGAUUUACUUUAUGAAGUGUUGCAGAUAGACAUUAUCCAAAAUAGAAAGAUUAAUUCUAAAACGUCAAAAUAAUAGUUAACCACUACUACAUAAAUCUGUACCUAUAAAUAGCCAAUUGUACCAACUGCUGGUAAACUUAAUGGAGAGUUAUUACUAUGGUAAUAAUUAUCUUCAUGAAAAUGAUCAGUUAGUUAAAUAUAACUGUAUUGACAUUAAUCUCAGUGGAAGUCAUCUGUCAGUUAAGUUUAUUAGCAGUUGAUAAUAGUAGUCUUUAAAUGCAAAUUUCGUUUUGGUUAGGUUAGUAGAAUUGCAGAGCGAAGGAAAUAGGUUUCAUCAAAACCCCAUUUUAAUUUAUUUCUAAUUUUUGUGUGUGCGAGUGUGUAAUUUUAGUGCUUGAACGAUGACUAAUAAUAAGUAGUAAUAAGGAUCAACACUUCCAUUUGUAGUAAAACAUAUCGUACAUAUUAAUUAGAAAGAAGUAGCCUUAAUUAUUUUUGUAUUGUACCAUGUAUGUGCUAUCUGUAUUUUUUAUGUUCCUGGAGAUUACUCCUAAACUUGUACUACUUACUAUAGGUAGAUUAUUGUAAGGUAGCUGAUAGAGCCGAGCAUUAUUCUGUAAAGACUUUGUGUUUAAUUACAGUAAACGUAAAAAUUAGUUUGAAUGCAGUACACAACCAUGAUCAUAUUUUCUAAAUACGUAGCGGCAAAGCCUUGUGCACAAAUUGAAAAUAAACACUUUUUAUAUCA